AUGGCCACAUCUUCGUGUCCCCUUCCAUCUCAGGCUGUCCCACAGUCCUCUGUCCAUGACCUGUCCCGAAUAACCAGCAGCCUUUACAUCAGUAACGGUGUAGCUGCCAACAACAAACUCGUGCUGGCCAGCAAUCACAUCACCACGGUCAUCAAUGCCUCAGUAGAGGUGGUAAACACAUUCUUCGAGAACAUUCAAUACAUACAGGUACCGGUGGCGGAUGUUCCCACCUCACACCUCUAUGACUUUUUUGACCCUAUUGCUGAUCACAUCCACAGCGUGGAAAUGAAGCAGGGCCGCACGCUGCUCCACUGCGCUGCAGGAGUGAGCCGUUCAGCUGCCCUCUGCCUCGCUUAUCUCAUGAAAUACCAUGCUAUGUCCCUGCUGGAUGCCCACACGUGGACCAAGUCUUGCCGACCCGUCAUUCGGCCCAACAACGGCUUUUGGGAACAACUUAUCCAUUAUGAAUUCAAGUUGUUUAGUAAGAACACUGUACGCAUGAUUGACUCCCCAAUGGGAAUGAUCCCUGACGUCUAUGAGAAGGAGGUUCAAUUGAUGAUGACGCUGUGA